CAGUCUACAGUUCUGUUGCUGUUUCCAGUUUAUUUACUGGAAUAUUUAUUUAUUAUUUUAAUAAUAAUUGUUAUUAUUUAAUUAUUUGUUUAUAUUUUAAUUUAAGUUGUUAGUUAUUAUUUCUCAAUUUCUCAAAAUCAGGACGCGAUACUCAAGGAGUUGAAAUUAGUAAAAGAAAGUAACAUUGACGUUAUAGCAAAAUUCCACACACUCAUGAACAUGAUGGAAAAGAGAAGCGAUACAGCAGUUUCUGAUAACUGCUUUCCUAUUCAACCGGAGGGAAUAAAAAAAAACUUACAUCGAAUCAUCGAUCGAACGUUAGUUUUGGAGUUAAAUUAUGAUGGAAUUGGCACCAAAAAAGCAUUUAAGGAAUUUAAAUUCUUAAAUGCUUCAAUAUUCGAAGCCUUGCAAAAAGAUGGCUAUACAGAAAAGGAGUAUAUUUCGGAUAUACGAAUAGCCAUAAAGAAUGUUAAAGGAAUUCAUUAUAAACAGCAGUGCAACGACCGGAAGAAGCGCAGAGUGGAAGAAACCAGCAAAUAAUUUUUAUUUAUUUAUUUAAUAUUUAUAAUAAUAAAAAAA